GAAGAAGCCUUUCCUCUUCUACUUUGACAUCGUGAAGUGCGCCAGCCCGCUGGUGCUGCUGGAAUUCCAGUGCCCGACCACGCAGAUCUGCGUCAGCAAAUGCCCGGAGCAAUUCCUGGCGUACCUGAGCACCCGCGGGAUGCCCAGCCAGUUGGAAUAUUACCGGCACUUCUGCGUCCCCGAGUUCAAAAACCUGCAGAAGGUCCCGCCGGACGGCGGCGCAGGCACAUUUCCUUUCCAACGAAGCGAGAGACGGCAGAGGGGGAGCGAGGGCAAAGCCGACCGAUGGAGGACAGCGGUGGGGCGGGGGCACCGCCUGGUUUCUGACGUGUGGCUGCCUUGCUCCCGCAGAGGCCUCGUGAUUGCGAUGGUGGCUAGCUUCAUCUUCAUCGUCCUGCUCCGCUUCCUGGCCGGGAUCAUGGUCUGGGUGAUGAUCGUGAUGGUGAUCCUGGUGCUGGGCUACGGAAUCUUCCACUGUUACAUGGAAUAUGCGAAACUGAAAGGGGAAGCGGGCUCUGACAUCUCCCUCAAGGACCUGGGCUUUCACACCGACCUACGUGUCUACCUCCACCUGCGGCAGACGUGGCUGGCAUUCAUGAUCAUCCUGUGCAUCGUGGAGGUGGUGAUCAUCCUGCUCCUCAUCUUCCUCCGCAAGAGGAUCCUCAUCGCCAUCGCGCUCAUCAAGGAGGCCAGCAGGGCUGUUGGUCACGUCAUGACGUCGCUGCUCUUCCCGUUGUGCACCUUCUUCCUGCUGUGCCUCUGCAUCGCCUACUGGGCCAGCACCGCCGUUUUCCUCUCCACUUCCAACGAGGCCGUCUAUAAGGUGUUCAACGAGAGCGCGUGCCCCUUUUCCAGGCAGACCUGCAACCCGGAGACCUUCAACACGAGCAACGUCACCAAGCUGUGCCCCGACGCCCAGUGCCUCUUUGCGUUCUACGGGGGCGAGACGGCGUACCACAAGUACCUCAUCGUCCUCCAGUUCUUCAACGUCUUCAUGUUCUUCUGGCUCGCCAACUUCGUGAUCGCGCUGGGCCAGGUGACGCUGGCAGGGGCCUUCGCGUCGUACUACUGGGCCUUCAAGAAACCCGAUGACAUGCCCGCCUUCCCCCUCUUCUCCUCCUUUGGCCGCGCGCUCCGGUACCACACCGGCUCCCUUGCCUUCGGCUCACUGGUCCUCGCCAUCGUGCAAGUCAUCAGGGUCACUCUGGAGUAUCUGGACCACAGGUUGAAAGGUGCGGACGCUGGAAUGGCAAAUGAGGAGAGGAACGGGGGGAGGGUGGCCGUUUUAGAUAAAGUCACGGAUUUCCUCUUCUUCCUCGGUAAACUCCUCAUCGUGGGAAGCGUCGGGAUCCUGGCCUUCUUUUUCUUCACCCAGCGGAUAAAGCUGGUCCAAGACACAGCGCCGCCCCUGAAUUACUACUGGGUCCCGAUCCUGACGGUGAUCGUGGGCUCCUACCUCAUCGCCCACGGGUUCUUCAGCGUGUACGGCAUGUGCGUGGACACCCUCUUCCUCUGCUUCUGUAAGUGUCUGGCUCGCAGGGUCCGUCUCCCGCGUUUGCGGUAG